CAACAAAGAACGCAUCAAACUUAUCGACAACAUGAAAUCACGCAACUUCAGUCAUUCAUAUUUUCGGUACAGACGCUUUAUAGCUGACUGACGGUGUUUUCAAAUAAAAAUUAUACAUUUUCUGACAUCAAAAUCACUUCAAACAUGAGUGUGCCCGAUGCCGAAGCAGCCAGCAAGACUGGUGAAACAGUCGAAGAAGAAUAUUCAGUGGAGAAGGUUCUCGAUCGCCGAAUGCGAAACGGAAAAGUGGAAUAUUUCUUAAAAUGGAAAGGUUACUCAACCGAUGACAACACCUGGGAACCAGAAGAAAAUCUGGACUGUCCCGACUUAAUACAGGCAUUUGAAGAUCAACGAAAGAACAAGGCUGCGGAAAGUGCAGAAGAUAGUCAAAAAAAGCGAAAGACCGCAAUCGAACAAGACAAAGCCAGUGCGGCAAAAAAGAAAGCGCCCGAUGAGAAAAAGCCCGUAGGAUUCGAUAGAGGAUUACAACCGGAAAAAAUAUUGGGUGCAACUGAUGGAAGCGGUCAGCUGAUGUUCUUGAUGAAAUGGAAAGACUCUGACGAAGGAGACCUCGUACCGGCGAAACAAGCAAAUGUUAGAUGUCCACAAAUUGUCAUACAAUUUUAUGAGGAACGUCUCACCUGGCACACAUCAGAAUCCGCAGAGAACAAAAACUGAGCUGACAGUGUUGUAAUUGUAAACCAUUUUUUUUAAUUUUCUCACUCUCUUUCCUUAUUAUUUUUCCCCAUUUAUUCUUUUCUCCUUUAUCUAUAAUUAUGGACUUGGGUGUGAAUUGUACGCUUAAGUUGGUUUAAGUUCUAAUUGAAAAAUGUAAUUUACUCUCCCAUUUAUAAGUCGACCUAAGCAAAGACAAAUUCUGUCUCAAAAGAAGCGGAAACAAUUGAAUGUCAAAUUUUGUCUACCAUACUAGGCGCCAUCUCAAUUUGUAAUUUCAGAAACAUUUCGUUUCGGGAGUGAAUAUUUUAUUGAAAAUUCAGAAGACCGAACGUGAAAUAAAAUUUUUGUUUUGGUAUACUGCCGAA